CCCGCCAUGUCGACGUCAGCGGUGAGGACCGAUAUCCCACCUGAUUUCAUAGACGCGCCCAGAAAACGCGAUCAGGACCACAAACCGAAAAACUACCGCGGCUUCGUCGCCGGUGCCUUCUCAGGCAUUACCAAACUAUGCGUGGGACAUCCGUUUGAUACAAUCAAGGUCCGGUUACAAACCUCCGAGAGUUCACAAUUCAGAGGACCCGUCGAUUGCUUGCUUCAGACGCUGCGGAAUGAGGGAGUCAAGGGACUAUACAAAGGCGCCACGCCGCCGCUGGUGGGCUGGAUGUUCAUGGACUCGGUUAUGCUGGGAUCACUGAGCAUCUACCGUCGUUUAUUGAAUGACAAUCUCUUCAACCCUGGGUCGAGAAAAGGCGAGAAAAUGCCCGUCAUAGGUCACUCAAUGGCAGGCGCAAUGGCGGGAUGGACUGUAUCCUUCAUUGCCGGUCCAGUUGAGCACAUCAAGGCGAGACUGCAGGUCCAGUACGCAGCCGAUAAAAGCAAGAGGUUAUACACAGGUCCAAUAGACUGUCUACAAAAGACAUUCAAACACCACGGCCUCCGGGGCAUCUACCACGGCCUCUUCGCAACGCUCAUCUUCCGCACCUUCUUCGUCUUCUGGUGGGGCUCCUACGACCUCUUCACAACCUACUUCCAGCGCAACACCUCCCUCUCAGCGCCCGCAAUCAACUUCUGGGCCGGCGGCCUCUCGGCACAAAUCUUCUGGAUCACGUCGUACCCCAGCGACGUCAUCAAGCAGAAGAUCAUGACGGAUCCGCUGGGCGAGCAGCGACGCUAUGCAGGGUGGAGAGAUGCGGCGAAAGCCAUACAUCGCGAGAAAGGAUGGAAGGGGUAUUGGAGGGGUUUCACGCCGUGUUUUUUGAGGGCUUUCCCCGCAAAUGCUAUGGCGCUUGUGGCGUUUGAAGGCGUUAUGCGGACGUUGCCUGAGUAG